UUGUACAAGAUGUGAUGACUGAAAACACCCCCGGGAAGAAGGCAGCCAUAUCUCAGUUCCAAAUAAAGAAUGUCACUGAUAUUACCACUGAACCUGUCACACCCGUUAAGAUAGCCCCUCCCCCUGCUACUGUUAAACGAGCUAAGAGUCUCAAAUCAGAUAGAACGAAAUUCAAGAGGUACGUUAGUGUGCCACACAAGAACAGAGAUACGUUCACCCUGCCACGGCAAGUAACUGAUCCCAACAUAAAACAAAAAGCUGAUAACAAAAAACAGGAACCUGAAUCUAUAGAACACAACAACAACAACAAGACAUCUGAAAAUGGUGCAGAUACAAGCAUUGAGCAGGAGAGUGCGGUUACGGAGACGAAGGAAACUAAACCGAGCAAUGGUAUAAGCAAGAUGCCUGAGACAGCUUCCUGGCAGAACGUAGUAAACACCCACCGUCGUGGCAGCAGUAUGACUUUCGUCAGCACGCAGAAUUGGGCGCAGUUCGAUGUAGCCCCUGUUAAAGAGAAAGAGCCUGGAUUUGACUGGAAUAUCACUGUUGAUCAGUGGAGUAGUUACGAGGAGGCGUUCCAUGGUAUAAAACCGCUCCAUGGUUUUAUAUCAGGAAAACAGUCGAGGGAGUACCUAGUCAACACAGGGCUGCCAAGGGAGUCGCUUGCUAAAAUAUGGGAUCUAGCCGACAUGGAUCACGACGGCUCCCUCUCCUUGGCUGAGUUUGCAGUUGCAAUGCACUGUAUUUCUUGUAUUUCCGCCGUUUCUUCAGUUCAACUACCCGUUCACGUGCCUCACAAACUCAGAGACUCUCUCCUUUUUCAUGUCAGCAAUAAUCUCCUCUCGUCCAUCAAUAAGGCAGAAAACAAUAAAAGCCCCGAGAAGUCGUCUCUGAAGAGCAGUGGGAGCACAUCAAAGGGUGCAAAUGUAACAUUUCGCGAGGAAAACAGCACGUGCGACACACUCCCGCGCCAGCGACCACGCCCUUCCAAGAAGCUUGUCACGACAACACCUCUCCAUCUGAAACCUCAGCCAGUGCUGAGCAGCUCAUCUUACUACUCCAGUGACAAUUCAGAGGAGGAGAGCGAACCUGUCUCCCGAAAGUUAGAUUUGUCAGACAUGUCGGAGAAGAAGAAACACGAUAAGAAAGAGAGGAGGGAGAAGAAGAAGAAGCACAAGUCAAAAUCGAGUGAAUCCGAGUCGAAGAAUGAUGUUGACCAUUCUCCUAACCAAGAACAGGCACUAAGUGACACAAAACUGCCGAUCAGACGAGAAAGGACUUAUGAAGAAGUCGGGGAUUUCAUAACUAAGCUCGAGAUUCAGGAAGGAGAUGACGACGUAGAAGCUCUGCUACAAAGUAGUGAAGACGAAGACAAAGUUCCAGCUCCACCCCCGCCUGCUUUGUCUCCAUCAACUAAAACGAGACGACCCUCAAGACCAGAUAUGGGACCUCCGCGCAGGAGGCCCUCUUCGGCCGCUCCUACUGGCCCUCCUCCCUGUAGUCCCCCUCCCUCCAGUCCUCCUACUUCCAGUCCACCUCCCUCCUCACUUAUCCUUGUUGAGGAAAAAGAAGAAGCGGAGGAAAAAGGAGAAAAAGGAGAAGAAGAAAUAAAAGAAGAAGCUAAGGAAAAUAUAGAAGGAGCAAAAGAAAUAAAAGAAAAAGAAGUAAAGGCAGUAAAAGAAGAGAUAGAAGAAACAAAAGAAGAAGUAGAAGAAACAAAAGAGGAAGUAGAAGAAACAAAAGAGGAAGUAGAAGAAACAAAAGAAGAAGUAGAAGAAACAAAAGAAGAAGUAGAAGAAACAAAAGAAGAAGACGAAGAGACGGAAGAGGAAGAACAGGGAUCUCCAGUAGAGGUUACCACUACUUCAGCGGAAGAUGGGGAGGUGACGUCUGGUUCUGAAAAUAGUGUCAAUCAUGACCCAUCAGGGUAUGAGAGGCUGGCUGACGAGCUACCUGAAGCUGAGCUCAUGGAAGCUCCAACAAUAGUUCUAAAUGAGGGAGAGAUGAUCGAUAGUGAUAGUGAGGAAUCCGGUGAGGAUGAUAAUGACGUCACGCCCCGUGUUGAUGACGUCACGCCGAAUCUGGUGACAUCACAAGAAGAUACGACUGAGAAGAAUGUCGCGGAAGCACUGGAUGGCCACACUGAUUUGCCGAUAUUGCGAUUGGAACAACCUGCCAUGGCUCGAGGACACAGAUCGGGCUCGGUCGACUCUGCAAUGUUAACAUACUGCCCAGACGGCUUUAAAUUACCAGAUUUUCAAUCACUCCACGAGGAAACUUGUCAGAACAAACUUCAGUUGGAAGACCUUGAGGCAGAUGAAGAGGAACUUAAAGCUGAAAAAGACAUGUGGAAUCUUGACGAUGUGGCGCACACGGAACCAGACUUCGAGCAGCUCAAAGAAACCGACCUGGCAGAUCUGAGAACCAUGAUCAGAGACUACGAGCUGCACAACAGCGCGCUCUUCACUCUGGCCAGGGAGCUCAGGAUAGAGUUGCUCAGGGUUCAGGAACAGAAACAUCAUCUAAAAAGUACACUAAAAUGCAUGAAAAAAGAUUGACGAGUAGUACAUAGUAGUUGCAGUGUACAUACUAAAGUUUCCCGUUUGAUCCAAAUAUCUUUUAUGGAGUUAGAUACAUAUUUAUAAUGAACUUUAGAUGAGAUGUUACUGUGUGCUGGCUUUUGGUUUUCUAGGUUUUGCUUAAAAAGUAUAUAAAAGUGUUUUCUUAGAUAUAGAGAUAAUAUUGUGUCGCGAUAAGAUGUUAGAAUGGUAAUGAGCGACCAUAAAAGUUGGUUUUCAAUUUGGCGAUUUAUGAUUUAAAUUUUGGAUAAUUUACUUGAUCGACUUUUGUCCAUAAACAUGCUGCAUUUACUGUUGCAUUUGACAGAUUCAGACUUCAAACUUUAUCGAUAGUUCAGUGUUGAUUUUGUUGCUCAUAAUCUUUAUUAAAUGCCAUAUUGAAUAGCAUUUAAUUACGUUUAUUUUGCCUGGAAGUUCAAUUUCGUGUUCUUUGUCGAAAUUGAGGAUUUGUUAUUUGAAUUGCAUUUUAUAGAACAUUGAUAUCGAAUUUUUUCAUUUAUGUUUACUUACAAUACAAUA